CUAUUGGCUCUGCAGACAGUUGAUGACUUCUGCACACUGUGCGCUUCAGCAUGCGCUGACCCCACUCUGUCAUUUUACAUUGCCUACCACUUUGUGGAUGUAUUGCUGUUGUUCCCAGCUGCUUCCACUUUGUUAUAAUACCACUAACAGUUGACCAUGGAAUAUUUAGUAGCAAGGAAAUUUCAUGAUUGGACUUGUACAGGUGGCAACCUAUCAUGGUACCACACUUGAAUUCACUGAGCUCCAGUGAGCGACCCAUACUUUCACAAAUGUUUAUAGAAGCAGUCUGCAUGCCUAGGUGCUUGAUUUUAUA